AGAAGGAUCCUGUUGCAGCUUUGUUCUUCCUGGCCAGUUGGGCGCGCGCAAGAAGUGGUGCCGAAACUCAGGACAAGAAACAUCUUCAGGCACGAGCGAAGACCCUCUGCUACAGGGAGGAUUCAGAACUGCAUCAUGGGGAAGGAGCGGUUAAUAAAGGUUCCCAUAAAACAGACUGUUGAGAAGGAUCCAUCGUGGAUUCAGAACUCUUCAGUACUGGGCUGCCUGUGCCAUGAGCAUGAGGAACCACACCUCUGUGACAGAGUUCAUCCUGCUGGGAAUUUCCAACACUGAAGGACUAGAGAGCAUGCUGUUUGCCUUGUUCCUGGUCUUUUAUGUCUUUGCCUUGUUGGGAAACCUGCUCAUCUUCCUCACCAUCCUGGCUUCUCCCAACCUCCACACCCCCAUGUAUUUCUUCCUGGGGAACCUGGCAGUGUUUGACAUAUUCUUCCCUUCUGUGAAUUCUCCUAAGAUGAUGGACUACCUAGUACGGCAAGGCCGAACCAUCUCAUACCAGGGUUGUGCCUCACAGAUUUUCUUCUAUCACACCCUGGGCUGUACUGAGUGCUUCCUGUAUACAGUGAUGGCUUAUGACCGCUUUGUGGCUAUUUGUUACCCUAUGAGAUAUACGGUCAUCAUGAACCCCAGGGUGUGUACCUGCUUUACAGUGGGCACUUGGCUGGGGGGCUUUGUCCAUGGGAGCAUCCUCACAUUUCUUAUCUUUAAGUUACCCUACUGUGGCCCCAAUGAGGUAGACAGUUUCUUCUGUGACAUUCCUGUGGUGCUGUCCCUGGCAUGUGCAGACACCUCCCUAGCGCAGACUGUGAGUUUUACUAAUGUUGGCGUUGUUGCGCUCACAUGUUUUCUCCUUGUUCUCACUUCUUACACUCGUAUUGUUAUCUCCAUCCUGAAAAUCCGUUCCUCAGAAGGAAGGCGCAGAGCCUUCUCGACCUGCAGUGCCCACUUCACAUCCAUUCUGUUGUUCUAUGGUCCCGUGAUUCUCGUGUAUCUCAGACCUGCUUCUAGUCCCUGGCUGGAUUCUGUUGUCCAGGUGUUUAAUAAUGUUGUCACCCCUUCCUUGAAUCCUCUGAUUUAUUCUUUGAGAAACAAGGAAGUGAAAUUAGCCCUGAGAAAGAUGUUAAGUCAAGCAAUGCAACCUUUGGGGUAUAAGGAAUAGAAACAAUCAUUUCCUAUAUUAUUUGAAUAUUGUUUAGCAUUUUCUCUUCAUGAGUUACUGUUGCCAAAUGAGUCAGCUGAACAAAUCUAGUUCUUGGAAGUCUCACAAGGCAGGGUUUACUUGGGCCGAUAUGUGAAUUUAGCACUGGAAAGAAGACUUUGCAAAUUAACUCAGUGUUCUUAAUUAAUUGUAAUAUGCCAAAACAAUGAGUCCUUUUGCUCUGCAAAGUCUCUAUGUGGAUUUCAGUUUUGACUUUAAAAAAUUUUUUUUAAUGAAACUGAACCUUUCUAGAAGCUGUUGAGUACCUUAUAUUCCUCUCAAUUCCUCUGAUCACUCCUUUCCAAAAUUCUCUUUCCAUAUUCUACUAAAUGCCACUUCGGCUACUCAGUUAAACUCAUCGCCAUUAAUAAGGUAUGGAGUUUGGAACUAAGAUAGAAGUUAGUAAAUGUGUCUUUAUCCUGUCAAUCAUGAAAAUCAGCAAAGUUAGGAGGGAAAUCAAUCCAUGUAUGAGAGACAUCAAGGUCAAAUAUCCUCAAGAAUGUUCUCUACUAUCUGACAAGAUGCUGUCUUAGUGAGUAAAGUCCAAGGGUGUUGGUCUGCCUGUUAUGAGCUGUGAUUGGUAUGAGAAAAUUAAAUUUUGCACAAUAAAGUACUCAGGUUCUUCCAGGAGGCAAGAGGCACUGAUAGAUGAUCCUGGUGUGCCUAGUCCCCACUCAGAACUCAACAUUUGGGACACAAAUGUUGGUGUUAAAGAAAUCAGUGUAAUCCAGAAGCCUGACCAUGAGAAGGUGGAUAGGGCUGCAUUCUCCUAAAGUUCAUCUCAGAGCCUUAGGCAGGCCAGGGCACUUAUGCAAAUCAAUAAAGUGGGACCGUGUGCAAGGGCUACACCAUAGAGUGGUUUUGCCAUCUAAGGUCUGUCCUUUUCACAUUGUUGUUAAUGGAAAAUUCAUGAGUAACUAUCAGUUUUCCAUCCCCUGAAAUUCUCUUAAAUUCCUUAGAUGGACACCUUGUUUACCUGCAAGUUUAAUAUUAUUUCACCUUUAACUGAAGAAGUCAGCAGUUCCAGUGAUUAUCGAAAGACAAUCAUUGUAUUGAGAUUUGUAAAACUAAAAGAAGUUUAUUAAGUGGUCUUAGCAUCCUUGUCUAAUUGUUUCUUUUUCUUGAAAUAUUUGAAGCCAUGAUAUAGCAUUUUGACUACUAAAAGAUGAUUUUAAAAAUUAUAGUACUUGUGAAAACAAAAAAUGAACAACUGAAUAAGAAACAAUGUACAGAGCAGUUCAUCUGAAAUUUGGUAGUGUAAAAUGUUGCUCACAUUGUACUUACAAUAUGGUUUCACACACAGUGACAGCAACUAAUGGAUUUUAGCCCAGAACAGAGACUGAUUCAACCCUAAGACCAGCACGUGCCUGGGGAAGUCUGUAGAAGAAGGUUCAGUUGAAAACCCAGGUGUGGAUUUACCUACUACCCUGUUUUAGACGAGGGCUAAAAUGCAGUCUUAGUGCCCUGAGAUAAUGCUAGCCCAUGCUGGAAUUUUUCUGUGACAACACUUUGCUGACAAAUUCAUUUGCUGCAUCUUUCUCCUCCUGACACAAUGUUUACUUGGAUGAUUUUGUCUUUGGCGAUCAAUGGCACCAUCUACUGAGACAAUCAUUACUCUAUGUAAACUGGGAGAAUAAAUUCCUAAACAUUGUGGGGUAAAGAAUGUUGUAGAGUCAGAAGUUUUCAUUUUUUG